AUGGAGAAAGCGGCGAUAAUUGCAUCAUCAACCGACGCAAAUGACAAGGUGCUGCUAUGUCAGCUUUAUGAAAGUUCAUCAUUAUUGGCUGAGCUUGGCAUUUUCAUUUCUAAGGAUGUCGAAAAACUUUUGGCUAAUGAAGGUGUGACAACAGAUGAGGUGCAAGAUAUCGAAAAGAGGAAGCAUGAAUAUCUGCGAUUCGGUAAGCGAAAGCACGAAUACUUGCGUUUCGGGAAAAGGAAGCAUGAAUACUUAAGAUUUGGUCGUAAGUAG